AUGUUGCAUCUCGCCGAUGCGCGAGCCGAGGAAAUAUUGGCGAACAAGAUUGAUAAAGGUGACGACAACGGCGAGACGAAAUUUGAUCGACGCGACGGCGACGGCGAGGCGAAGCUUUAUCGAUGCGAUGACGAGGUAAAACUUGAUCGAUGCGACGACGAGGCGAAGCUUGAUCGAUUCGACAACGAGGCUAAGCUUGAUCGAUGCGACGACGAGGCAAAGUUUGCUCGACGCGACGAUGAGGCGAAGUUUGAUCGAUGCGACGACGAGGCAAAGGUUAAUCGACGCGAUGGUGAGGCGAAACUUGAUCGAUGUGACGGCAAAGCAAAGCUUGAUCGAUGCAACGGCGAAGCGAAGUCAGUGAAGGUGACGCGACGGCACGACGAAUGGACGACGCGAUGA